AACUACCCUUCCCCGCCCCACCUCCCCUUCCCAAUUGAAGGAGCGGAGAGAAGAGAGAAGAGUGAUCAGAGAGAUUGAGAAAUAGAGAGAGAGAGAGAGAGAGCUAGACGGAUCUCUGGAGCCGACCUCAAGGUGACACCCAUUUCUAUCUGCUUCACGUCUGGGGGGGCCCUGGCCGGGCAGCCCCCCCGCACUCCUCCUGCCCUGAAACACGGCUCUAGCCAACCUGCUCCGCUGCUUCACCUGCGACCGUCUGUGCGGGGGCUGCACGGCGCCGGCCCCUCCCGCCCGCCAGGGCAUCGUGCUGCAGCCCGUCAUGCCCAGCUGCGACCCGGGCCCGGCCCCCGCCUGCCUCCCCGCCAAGACUUUCCGCAGCUACCUGCCCCGCUGCCACCGCACCUACAGCUGCGUGCACUGCCGCGCGCACCUGGCCAAGCACGAUGAGCUUAUCUCCAAGUCCUUCCAGGGCAGCCACGGGCGAGCUUACCUGUUUAAUUCCGUGGUCAAUGUGGGCUGCGGGCCUGCCGAACAGCGUCUCCUGCUCACCGGCCUGCACUCGGUCGCUGACAUAUUCUGCGAGAGCUGCAAGACCACCCUGGGUUGGAAGUAUGAACAAGCUUUUGAGACGAGCCAGAAGUACAAGGAAGGGAAGUACAUCAUUGAGAUGUCACAUAUGGUGAAGGACAACGGCUGGGACUGAGGGGCGCCCGUGGGCUGCGCCCUCCCUCCGCAUGGCCCCCCCGCCCCCCUCCUGCCCCCUGGCCCUGUCAAGCAGU